UUUUUAGAGUGACCACUUGGAAUAAUUUCAUAACAGCAGCGAGGAGGCUGUUUUUAUUUAUUGCAAUAUUAAAACAAUUAAUAUAAUCACUUAGAAUGAACCUCGGUCGCCUGCUGACCCCGCUGAGGAGCAGCACCUGGUCGGUGCGCAGCUAUGGAAAGCACAACAAGAAGUUCCUGUACAAGGACGGGCAGAAAUUCGAGGGAAUCACCUACUAUCCCAGGACCUCGGAUCACCAGGAUCCGCCCGUGGAGCCGGCGAAACUCUUCCGGGUGCAGCGCAUCAAGCCGGUGAAGGGUAAUCCCUACUGGGAGAAGCGAAUCCUCAAGGAUCUGGGCCUCGAUGGCAAGCAGAGCGACUUCACGGUGGUCAAGAACAUCCCGGAGAAUAACGCGCGCCUGUGGAAGGUCAAGCACUUGGUUAAGGUCACCCCGGUGACGUUUCCCUACGGAGAACCCACCGCCCAGGACGUUCGGCACACGAUACUCAAGGAGAACGGCGAGUGCCUGGUCACCAGGGACCUGGGAGCCAUCGAGAGCCGCCUGGAGGCGCGACGGGAGUACGAUGAACAGCCCCGGCGACUGGACACCGACCUGCUGCGCAAGGAUGCCCGCCUCAAGUGGCUGAAUCCCUGGUAGUUAAAUGCCCGUUCACUUUAUUCCUUAAAAUAUUUUAAAAAAAUACACAAAAAACACUUCGUGGAGGAGGCAUCACA